AAACACAAUAAAGGCGGAGCCAGGAGAGGGUGCUUCGGUCUUGGCGUUCGGAAACGUACCUACAGCUCGUUCUCGGACCUGUGUCCGUGUUGUUCUACCGCAGCACCUUGCUACAUGGCAGUUCCCGAGGCCCGACCCAACCACACUAUUUAUAUCAACAACCUCAAUGAGAAGAUCAAGAAGGACGAGCUGAAGAAGUCCCUGUAUGCCAUCUUCUCCCAGUUUGGCCAGAUCCUGGAUAUCCUGGUGUCACGGAGCCUGAAGAUGAGGGGCCAGGCCUUUGUCAUCUUUAAGGAGGUCAGCAGUGCCACCAAUGCCUUGCGCUCCAUGCAGGGUUUCCCGUUCUACGACAAGCCCAUGCGCAUCCAGUAUGCCAAGACUGACUCGGAUAUUAUUGCCAAGAUGAAGGGCACCUUCGUGGAGCGGGACCGUAAGCGGGAGAAGAGGAAGCCCAAGAGCCAGGAGACCCCAGCAGCCAAGAAGGCUGUGCAGGGUGGGGCAGCCGCCCCUGUAGUGGGGGCUGUCCCAGGCCCUGUCCCGGGCAUGCCACCGAUGACGCAGGCGCCCCGCAUCAUGCACCACAUGCCAGGCCAGCCUCCCUACAUGCCACCCCCUGGCAUGAUCCCACCUCCAGGCCUUGCACCUGGCCAGAUCCCACCAGGCGCCAUGCCACCGCAGCAGCUUAUGCCAGGACAGAUGCCACCUGCUCAGCCUCUUUCAGAAAACCCACCAAAUCACAUUUUGUUCCUCACCAAUCUGCCAGAGGAGACCAAUGAGCUUAUGCUCUCCAUGCUUUUCAACCAAUUCCCUGGCUUCAAGGAGGUCCGGCUGGUUCCAGGGCGGCACGACAUCGCCUUUGUGGAGUUUGACAAUGAGGUUCAGGCAGGGGCAGCUCGUGACGCCCUACAGGGCUUCAAGAUCACCCAGAACAAUGCCAUGAAGAUCUCUUUUGCCAAGAAGUAGCACCUUUUCCCCAUGCCUGCCCCCUCUCCCCUAUUUGGGACCUCCCCUCUUCCCCUUGGCUCGGCCCCCUGAAGGUAAGUCCCCGUUUGGGGCCUUCUUGGAGCCGCAUGUGUGAGUGAGUGGUCACACAGCAUUGUACCCAGAGUCUGUCCCCAGACAUUGCACCUGGUGCUGUUAGGUUGGAAUUAAAGUGUUUUUUUGAUGUUUGAUUUUCUAAA